AUGGCAAGCAAGGAGGAGCAAGAAGACGAGCAGAUGGCCCCGAAGCCGGAAUCGGAACAAGUGCCAUCUGCCAGCAAAACGGAAUCAGAAGCUGGUCCCGCUGCGAUGCUAGUAGAAGCCACUGCCGACGCAGCGCUUCUGCAGCAACUGGACACAGAACUAAAGUGCCAAGUUCAGCCGGAAAAUUUCCGGGAAGUUUUGCUUCGGGUUUGUGAUCUGCUGCUGGACCAUCACGGAGGCCCUGUCCAAUACCUGCAGUCUGAACUGGGGGCAGAGCCUAAUGCUGCCUGGACUGCAUUUGCUGCAGACUUGGAAAGGCGUUUUCCACGCCGUCCAGACCUGACAUAUGUCGAUGGACUGCAAUACCCAGCUGGCUGCCAAGGCCAAGCUUCCGCAAUCAAGCUCAGCUUGUGGCAGUUGGGGUGGCAUCCAGAUUGUUCCUCGAAGCCACCAACGUUCAAACCAGCAGCUCGGAAGUUGGUGGAUGAAUUUUUGACACAUUCCUUUAUCACCGCUUCCGACAACCUGUUGCUGUAUCAAAGUGAGAGCUACCCUGGCAGGAUGGAAAAUCAGCAGGGCGCUCCAAUUUUUUUUACUCAUUAUGUCAAAGGAGCGGCACGUGCCAGCACAAUUCUGAUGUUGGCACAUGUCUUAGUAUGCAAGAUGGACCUUGAUGUUGCCUCAUUGAAUCCGCGGCUCUAUGACAGUAUGUUGGCUGUGUUCUGCAAAGAGUCCGACAUUCCCACAGAUGCGGUAGCCAUUGCUUUGGAAAAUGCAACCCUGAGUGCCCGUGGAGACAUCCGCAAACAGCAUGAUGUUAUCACAUGGCUGAGCAAGCUGUUGAUCCUGAAAGGCAAAGGCUUGUCACCCACUGAAGUCUUGCAGCGGUGGAAUGAGAGUGCAACACGCGAAGCAGCAGUGGUAGGAAAUAAGCGCACCGGUUUGCUACUGCUACUGAAGCUUCCUACAGAAUCAGCGCAGUUGCUCCUAAAACACAGCAGUACCUUCGGCAAUGACUCUGCGUUCAGCAAUGAAGUCUUCGCGCACAAACGGUUGCAUCCUGGCUACACCCCUCGUGGAAUGCCGCGGCAAUGGCAAACAAGAAUGACCGUCACUGUGGAUGGGUUCAACUUGUUCGUCCAAUAUGUCCAUGCCAGUCAAGCACGAAAGAUCAAGGAUAAUAGGAAGAACUGGGACAAAUCAGCGCUGGAAGAGACCCUGUCCAUGGCCCAGCUACUGACAUCCCUCAUGGUGGAAAUCCAGAACCAGCAUGCUGUCCACAAAGAUCUGCUUCUAGAGAAAGUCAUUCAUCCCUUUCUGGACUUUGACCCAAAUUUCGAGCUGGAACUCCAAUCUGCGUUGAGCGAGUGCAAAGCAGAGUUUCAACCAGCCGACAUCUCUAAGUUCAAGGAUGUAGUAGCGGUGGCCCUCGCUAAUCGAGAUUCAAAAAUGACAGCAAUUGGCCAAGGACCACGAAUCACAGCAGGCGAGCUGGAAAAGCAAGCGUUCGAGGUCAUGCUUGCAUCAGCAGAACAUGAUGUCCAAUCAUACCGCGCCUGGCGCACCAAGUGUCUGGACAGAGACAGCGCGCAGUAUUUCCAACAGCUUCAGCACACCGCAAGACGGCAGAAGCAGGCCAAGGAGAUCGCAGCCAGCGUGACAGCAGCAGGGCCAACAUGGCAAAUCCAGUUGGACAUCUUCAAAAAGCUGGACACUGCCAACUUUGCAAUUGUCACCGCCAUCGCUGACAAGAUCCAACGUCUGCACCAGUUGUCCGACCGAGAGUCCAUCCAUUGCAUUGCUUUCUUGAAUUGGUCUGCCCCUGCGAUUUUUUCAGCGCAGACUCAGAAGGCGCAGGCAGGUUUGUGCGGAGGCAUUGUGAACGGGCUUGGCCGCUCCAUUGGCGUGUGCUUAAGCCCCAUUCAUUUUUACAAACGAGGCAGCCUACACAAAGCAGAGCAGAAUUGCUUAACAUUGCUGACCAAUUCAGCGUUGAACACGGUCACCCGCUUCGCAGUGGCGUAUGCCAGCAAGACAGAUGAGCGGGAGAAACGGCCAAUGCUCCACCCAGGCUUCAUCCUAUUCCCAGGGGGAACGGACGAGAGCGCAGCUCACAAGGUGCUUUGGCAAAUUUGGCGCACCUCAGGACUGCUAAGCAAAGGGGCCAUUACAGACGUCAGCAUGAACCCCUCACAGCAAAUGCAUGUCAUCGAGGACAUGAGAGACGACGCGCUACCAGAUUCGUCAGACACAGCCACGCAUUUGAGCCAGGUCGAGAAGGCGGUGCAGAUCGGCGAAGACGCUGCGCGCAAGGUCCUUCAGGCAGCUUUGCCUCAAGGCCUGAGCCGCGCAGCCAUCUUGCUGAUCGAUCUGAGUUCGCACACUCUGGAGUUGGCUAAGGCGUGCUACAAAGAGAGGGUAGCAAAGACUCAGCAGACUCCUAUCUAUUAUUUGGGUAUGGCAGAAAGUGAAAGUGAGUUGGAAUGGCAACGCCACCAUUUGGAGUCAUGGCUGAGUGAGGGCUACAUAGAUGGCUCAAUCGGGUUGCCCCCAGGCGCGCCAUCCCUGAUGCCCAAAGAAUUGCCUUCAGACGUGGUGACUGCCCUUCCACCAAAGCCUGAUCUGAACACCUUAGCAUGGAGUGCCAAGAAGGACGAAGUAGCGGGGCUGCCGACCUUAAAAACCCCCGACAAGAUCUUACAAGCGUGGCAUGACCACGCGGUCUACGGCAUCGUCAUCCAGCAACAAACGAGGCGCUCCAGGGACUUCGGAGUCAUUGGAGCCACCCCAAAGGUCUUGAAAUCAACAACAAAAGAAGAAGAUGCCGCUGCCGCCGCCGCAGCAGCCAGCAUUCCUGCAGCAGAUCUGCCAAAACCUUUGGCAUGGCAGGCGACAAUUUCAGGGAGCGGUACCAAAGGAAAAAGCAGUGGAGGAGGAAAGUUGGUGAUAGCAGUGGGAAAGCGGGUGUUUAUCGUGAAUGAAGGCAGUGCAGAUCUUCUCCUGCAGCCUGGCUCAACCCUGGCAGGCUAUUACAAAGGAAAGUUUGUGGCACUGAAGAGCGGCCAGGAAGAGGCGCGUCUUGCUGAUGUCCCUUUCACGCUGACAGAUUCCACCGACUCAGUGCUGCACGAAAACAAGAUUCAGUCAGUGGGCCAGGUUGUGGCACAGAAGCGAGCGCUGACGCCAUUGAGCGCAAGCGUCUGCUACCACGAGCUGGUAGACCAGCCCAAUGCCGAAGAUGCGAAGCAUUUCAUCUUGACUUUGAAAAGCCCAAGUGCUUUUCGGCCUGAGAAUGCACCAACAACGGAAGACAAAAAGGGCAAAGAUGGUUGCUACACAUUGCCGCAAACCAGCAUGGCUGGCUGCUUGGACACACUUGCAUGGGAAACCAAGCAUACCAGCAUCACCUGGGCAGUCAAGUGGCAAGCCAGAGGCUUGCAGCCAGUCCGGCCAGUGGUAGUGGUGACGCGCAAACUGACUGUGAAGGCUGGCCAGGCCGUGGAACUGGUCAAGUAG